GGCCAGUUCCAGGUCUCUUGUUAGCAGAGAAUCUUUCGGCGCAAUGACCAUCUUUGGAAACCAAGGUGUUGCUCUGAUAACGGGUGCUGGGGGGGCACUUGGUCGGGGUAUUGCUCUUCAAUUCGCCCGAGACGGUGUCAGACGUAUUGCCGGCUUAGAUCUAUCGCAAAACGGGCUGGCUGCAACAGCCAAAGCUGUGGAAAGCGAAGUCCCAGAGAUCGAAUUUCUGCCUGUCACGGUGGAUAUAAGUGAUGAAAGGCAGAUCGCAGAUGCGUUCCGACAGGUUGUGGAUAGGUUUGGCAGGAUCGACUAUGCGAUCAAUAAUGCAGCAAUCGCGUCGCCCUUUGUAACAACCGGGGACGCUGAGGUGCAGGACUUCGACAGAGUUCAGAAUAUUAAUCUCAAGGGCACAUGGCUAUGUGAACGAGAGGAGCUGAGACAAAUGAUGAAGCAAGAACCACUUCCACCGAUGGGAGAGUCCUCAACCGGAAGAGUUCCGGUGAGAGGGUCGAUAGUAGUUGUUGCAUCGCUCUUGGGACUUAGAGCCAUGCCUCUGGACGGGCUCUAUACCAUUUCGAAGCACGGAAUUUUGGGUAUGGUGAGGACUGACGGUGUUGACUACGCGACAAAGGGUAUUCGGAUUAAUGCGAUCUGCCCAGGUUUCAUUGAUACUCCUCUCGUUACUCCCCCUAUCAGAAAGCUUCUUCAACCACAAAUCGACAAAACUCCGAUGGGACGUAUGGCGAAUCCCCAAGAGGUGGCAGAUGCGGCUGUGUAUCUAGCAAGUGAUCGAGCCAGCUACAUUACAGGAACAGUGCUCUCUGUUGAUGGAGGCUAUAACGCACAGUGA